UUGCCGGCGAGAAGCGCCGAGUACGACAGCCAACCGGCUAGCUAUGACCUCCAUUGACAGCUGCCUCGUCAUCAACGCCAACAACACCAACAAUGGCUGCGCCGCCCUCUAUACCGCCUAUGGCGAGCAGUGACAGUUUCAAUCCCGAUUUCAACGCCCCCACCGCCCCCAACGAUGACGUUGCACCCGUCUCACCCAUCGACGACGUAGCCGCGCCCGCAUCGCCAGAGCAGCGUGCACCACCCCAAGACACGCAAACGCAGCAGCGCGUGCAUGAGGUUUUGCAUUCAGAUAUUGGUGUGACAACACUACUGAACCGUCUGAAAGCUAGCAUUGCGAGUGCGCGAGAUUUUGCCAGCUUCCUCAAGCGUCGCGGAGCUCUGGAGGAGGAACAUGCUGGUAGUCUGAAGAAGUUAAGCCGGCUGACGCUUGACGGUCUGCGCAAAGCCGAUGCGCGCCACGAAUCAUAUGCGACGCAAUUUGAAUACGUUCUACACGCCAACGAGCGCAUCGCCGACAAUGGUACCCAAUUUGGACUCGCCCUUCACGCCAUGCACGAGAACCUUCUGCAGCUGGCGAACAAAAUGGACGCAAAUCGCAAAACGCUGAAGCAGACUGGUAUGAUGGCAGAGAACAAGGUGCAGGAUGCCGAGAGACUCGCAGAGAAGGCCAAGGCCAAGUACGACCAGCUGGCAGAGGAUCUAGAUCGUGUCAAAACCGGAGAUACGGGCGCUGGCAGAAAGUUUGGUCUCAAGGGUCCCAAAUCAGCUGCCCAGCACGAAGAGGACCUUCAGCGAAAGCUACAAGCCGCGGACCAGGACUACGCCAGCAAGGUCCAGACGGCACAAGCUUCUCGGAAGGAGCUCGUAGCGACAGCGCGCCCGCAGGCUGUGUCUGGCCUGUUAGAUCUCAUCAAAGAGACGGAUGCGGCAUUGACGAUGGAAAUGCAAAAAUACGCAUCGUUCAAUGAGAAGUUGGUUGUCAACAACGGCCAGGUAGUCAGCCCACAGCCGCUCAAGGGCAGCACCGCACAGCCUCCUCCAAGUGUCAAUCAGCUUAUCUAUCAAAUCAACAACGACAAAGAUUUUGACGACUUCAUCCUGAAGAAUGCUACUAAAGUUUCGAUCAAACCUGAAUUGCAUUACGUCAAGCACCCUACUCAGGCUCCUGCGCAAUCGUACCCUUCCAUGACCCCGACCGGUAACAACGACCGUCGCACGUCAAUGCCUCCACAAAUUCAGCCACCGGUAUCUUUCCCACCACAGCAAAUGGAGGCAAAUGGUUCGACUUUCCCGCAGCAGCAGCCCCCUCAGCAUCUCGAUGCGGAUCCUCAAGCUGUAUUCUCCUCCUACCAGCCGCCUUCUCAGCCAGCCAACAACCAGGGGUCUGCGCCUGGGAUGUCUCCUUAUUCGCCUGUUGCAUCAAACUCCUUCUCGCAGCCCGAGUAUCCACGGGGACCUGUUGGUCAGGCAACAGCACAGCAAACAAGUGGGAUACUGUACAAUAACCCGCAACCCCCCGUCAAUCCAGUCUUCGGUAUCACCCUCGAAGAUCUCUUCCACCGAGAUGGCUCGCCAGUGCCCAUGGUGGUAUAUCAGUGUAUUCAAGCAGUGGAUCUGUUCGGUUUAGAAGUUGAGGGCAUUUACCGCAUCCCAGGAACCUCGUCCCAUAUCCAACAAAUGAAAGCUUUGUUCGAUAGCGACGCAUCGCAGGUCGAUUUCCGGAAUCCCGAAGCGUUUCAACACGACGUCAAUAGCGUUGCCGGUCUGUUGAAGCAAUUCUUCAGGGAGCUGCCCGAUCCCCUUCUUACCAGAGAAUUCUACACAAAAUUCAUCGACGCUGCUCGAGUUGAUGAUGAUACAAUGCGACGGGACUCGAUGCACGCACUGAUCAACGCACUCCCUGAUCCCAACUACGCAACACUUCGCGCAAUAGUUCUGCACUUGCACCGUGUUCAACAAUCAUCUGAGAUCAACCGCAUGAGUACAGCUAAUCUGGGCAUUUGCUGGGCUCCAUCUAUCAUGGGGCCUCACAAAGGCAACAAUAUGGCGGACGCUGGGCUCCAGGCACGCGUUAUCAUAACCAUCUUGGACAACGUGCUCCAAAUUUUUGAUGAAGACUAAGCCAGCUCACCUCCGGAUUACUACCAUGUGGAGGAAGUGCGUAAUAUAUCAUGACAUGCCGGGAAACCUAUGACACUAAGUCUUUUCGCACUCAGCAGAGUAUGGGAGGUUUGGCUGCAGAUCCAGAUC